AUGUCUCUGUUUAUGAUAUUCCGAAGAGCUGAUAAAAAUGAUGAUGGGAAAUUAUCCCUGGAUGAAUUCCGAGCCUUCUUCUCCGAUGGGACGCUCAACGAGGAGGAGCUGGAAAAACUCUUCCACACCAUCGAUUCCGACAACACCAAUAAUGUGGACACUAAGGAGCUGUGCGAUUACUUUGCCGCUCACAUGGGAUCAUAUGAAGAUGUCCUCGCCUCCCUGGAGACCCUGAACCUCUCUAUCCUCAGCGCCAUGGACUACACCAAAAAGGUGUACGAGAAUGGAACCAACGUGGAGCAGUUUGUCACCCGCUUCCUGCUGAAGGAGACGGCCAAUCAGAUCCAGUCGCUGCUGACCUCAGUGGAGAGUGCAGUGGAUGCCAUAGAGGAUCAGGUGUCUCAGACAGGGUAUUACCAGAGCAAGCCCAGCCAUGGCUGGUACAGCCAGCAAGCCUCAGGCAACCUAGUCAACAGCAGCCCCAUCCAGGACCUCACACCCAAACCUUACUCAGGUUCCCUGGGAGAGCAGGACGAUGGACUCGAGGUGCAGAUUAACAGACUGGCUGAGCUGAUCAGCCGUCUGGAGAAUAAGAGCGUGUGGUUUGACCUGCACCAGAGGAUCUCAGAGAACGACAACAUGAACUGUUCUCAUCUGUUCCUGGUGCGGCAGCAGAUGAGAGUGUCCCACAAGGAGCUGGGGCAAUUCUGUGACCGACUGAGGGAAUAUUUGAAGACAGUCUCUGAUUUGAGACAUUGCUUCCAUGUAACUGCAGUCAGGUUGCCUGAUGGAGCCACCUUUGUCGUAUAUCAGUUCUGGGAGAGCGAGGAGGAGUGGAAAAGCCAUCUGCAAAGUGUUUGCUGUAAAGGGUUUCAGCACGUCAAGGUGGACACCCUGACUGAGCCUGAGAUCAUCUCCACUCUCUGUAUACCAGCUGCCUGGUGCACUGUGGGAGGAAAGUGAUGUCCCGGGUGUGUUGCCUGGGAGAGGUGUCGUGUGAGAGGCUGCUGACAAAUUGUACAGCCACCUCUCUCCCCCAGCGCAGGAGCACUUGCAUAUUUUGAAACUACUCUAUUUAGGGAUGUGUUUGUUGACUAUCUUAUGCACAUUGCUGUGGAGGACUGAAGCAUAUUAAGCAAUGGGAGUCUGAUAGCUCCAGAGCAAGAAGAUGCAAAAUUGUAGCUGCCACCUUUUACAUUUCUACUUUAUUUGAAGCAACUGUGUGUUGUUGAACUUCUGGGCUCCAGACCUGACCCCGAAUAAACCCAACAAGCAACCAUUUAGUCCUUCAAAGCCACCCAAUCAUUCUUUGAGGUCAUGUGAAGGCUGGGCUGGCACUGUUCAGCCUGGUAGCAAUGACCACAAGAGAGGUUUGAAUAGAGAAGGUCCUUUGGCCCAUUUGA